CUGACACUUCAACUUGCUCGGCUCCGGGCGAGUUGAUUCACUUACUCACCCCCUAACGCCGAGUUCCUUUUCACUGUCUGUGGACAUUAAAAAAGCGAGCGGCGGCGGCGGGCGCCCGGGAGAGCGAGCGGCCGGGCGGGCAAGCAGCGAUCGGGCCGCAGAGCAGGCGAGCAGCGCCGGCGCAGCGCGGUGACCCCCAGCACCGGCCGGCUAGGAGCCGGAGCCGGAGUCGGAGCCGAGUGGAUCUCCGCGCUCUCCCUGCGCUCCUCCCGGCUCCAGCCGGCCCUACCCGGUGGUGGCGGCGGCGCGUCCUCCAGCGGUGGCAGUGGUGCUCGCAGCACCCGAACCUGUGGCCACUGUGCUCAGACACCGUAGAACCCACCCAGCACCUCCUUCACCGCAGCCAUCCCUUCCCCAACGUUGCAAGGGCCUUGAGCUGGGAUCGACUGGCGGGAGGAAGCCUUAGCAGGAGGAUGGACCUUGAGUGAAUUGGGAAGCCUGUGAGCUGCUGACCAGUGCAGGAACACUAGUGACUCUUGGCUCACUGAGACUGAACCACGUUCAUGGCUCUCGGGUAGAACCCCAGCGAACCGGCCAGAAUGAAUUCUAUGGACAGGCACAUCCAGCAGACCAAUGACCGUCUGCAGUGCAUCAAGCAGCACUUACAGAACCCCGCCAACUUCCACAAUGCUGCCACGGAGCUGCUGGAUUGGUGUGGGGACCCUCGAGCCUUCCAGCGGCCCUUUGAGCAGAGCCUCAUGGGCUGCCUGACGGUUGUCAGCCGCGUGGCUGCCCAACAGGGGUUUGACCUGGACCUGGGCUACAGACUCUUGGCCGUGUGUGCUGCCAAUCGAGACAAGUUCACCCCCAAGUCUGCUGCCCUGCUGUCCUCCUGGUGUGAAGAACUUGGCCGCCUGCUGUUGCUCCGACAUCAGAAGAGCCGCCAGAACGACCCCCCUGGGAAACUCCCCAUGCAGCCCCCCCUCAACUCCAUGAGCUCCAUGAAACCCACUCUGUCGCACAGUGAUGGGUCAUUUCCUUAUGACUCUGUCCCUUGGCAGCAGAACACCAAUCAGCCUCCCGGCUCCCUCUCUGUGGUCACCACAGUGUGGGGAGUGACCAACACAUCCCAGAGUCAGGUCCUCGGGAACCCUAUGGCCAAUGCCAACAACCCUAUGAAUCCAGGUGGCAACCCCAUGGCAUCAGGCAUGAGCACCAGCAAUCCCGGCCUCAACUCCCCGCAGUUUGCGGGGCAGCAGCAACAAUUCUCCACCAAAGCUGGCCCUGCACAGCCCUAUAUCCAGCCCAACAUGUAUGGCCGGCCUGGCUACCCUGGUAGCGGGGGCUUCGGAGCCAGUUACCCUGGGGGUCCCAGUGCCCCUGCAGGCAUGGGCAUCCCUCCACACACCCGGCCUCCUGCUGAUUUCACCCAGCCAGCUGCUGCUGCUGCAGCAGCUGCGGUAGCAGCCGCCGCCGCCACAGCCACCGCCACGGCCACGGCUACAGUGGCAGCCUUGCAAGAGACACAGAACAAGGAAAUAAACCAGUAUGGACCGAUGGGUCCCACCCAGGCGUAUAACAGCCAAUUCAUGAACCAACCCGGGCCUCGGGGGCCUGCCUCCAUGGGGGGCAGCAUGAACCCUGCCAGCAUGGCAGCUGGCAUGACACCCUCGGGGAUGAGCGGCCCUCCCAUGGGCAUGAACCAGCCCCGACCGCCUGGCAUCAGCCCCUUUGGCACACACGGGCAAAGGAUGCCCCAGCAGACCUACCCAGGCCCCCGGCCCCAGUCCCUUCCUAUUCAGAGCAUAAAGAGGCCGUAUCCAGGGGAGCCCAACUAUGGAAACCAGCAAUAUGGACCAAACAGCCAGUUCCCCACCCAGCCAGGCCAGUACCCCACUCCCAACCCCCCAAGGCCGCUCACAUCUCCCAACUACCCCGGACAAAGGAUGCCAAGCCAACCCAGCACUGGGCAGUACCCACCCCCCACGGUCAACAUGGGGCAGUAUUACAAGCCAGAACAGUUUAAUGGGCAGAACAACACCUUCUCUGGAAGCAGCUACAGCAGUUAUAGCCAAGGGAGCGUCAACAGGCCUCCCAGGCCGGUUCCUGUGGCAAAUUACCCCCACUCACCUGUUCCAGGGAACCCCACACCCCCCAUGACUCCCGGGAGCAGCAUACCUCCCUACCUGUCCCCCAGCCAAGAUGUCAAGCCGCCCUUCCCACCUGACAUCAAGCCAAAUAUGAGCGCUCUGCCACCACCCCCAGCCAACCACAACGAUGAGCUGCGGCUCACUUUCCCCGUGCGGGAUGGCGUGGUUCUGGAGCCCUUCCGCCUGGAGCACAACCUGGCCGUCAGCAACCAUGUGUUCCACCUGCGGCCCACGGUUCACCAGACGCUCAUGUGGAGGUCAGACCUGGAGCUGCAGUUCAAGUGCUACCACCACGAGGACCGGCAGAUGAACACCAACUGGCCGGCCUCGGUGCAGGUCAGCGUCAACGCCACGCCGCUCACCAUCGAGCGAGGGGACAACAAGACCUCCCACAAGCCCCUGCACCUCAAGCAUGUGUGCCAGCCGGGCCGAAACACCAUCCAGAUCACCGUCACCGCCUGCUGCUGUUCCCACCUCUUCGUGCUGCAGCUGGUGCACCGGCCCUCUGUGCGCUCCGUGCUGCAGGGCCUCCUCAAGAAGCGCCUGCUGCCCGCUGAGCACUGUAUCACCAAGAUCAAGCGGAAUUUCAGCAGUGUGGCCGCCUCCUCGGGCAACACAACUCUCAACGGGGAGGAUGGUGUGGAGCAGACAGCCAUCAAGGUGUCUCUGAAGUGCCCCAUCACAUUCCGGCGCAUACAGCUGCCUGCCCGGGGCCACGACUGCAAACAUGUUCAGUGCUUUGACCUGGAGUCAUACCUCCAGCUGAAUUGUGAGCGAGGGACCUGGAGGUGUCCUGUGUGCAAUAAAACAGCCCUGCUGGAGGGUCUAGAGGUGGAUCAGUAUAUGUGGGGCAUCCUGAACGCCAUCCAACACUCCGAGUUUGAAGAGGUCACCAUUGACCCCACGUGCAGCUGGCGGCCAGUGCCCAUCAAGUCGGACCUCCACAUCAAGGACGACCCUGAUGGCAUCCCCUCAAAGCGGUUCAAAACCAUGAGCCCCAGCCAGAUGAUCAUGCCCAACGUCAUGGAGAUGAUCGCUGCUCUGGGCCCUGGCCCAUCUCCCUACCCCCUUCCUCCUCCUCCUGGGGGCACCAGUUCCAACGACUACAGCAGCCAAGGAAACAACUACCAGGGCCAUGGCAAUUUUGACUUCCCCCAUGGGAAUCCCGGAGGGACAUCCAUGAACGACUUCAUGCAUGGUCCCCCGCAGCUCUCCCACCCACCGGACAUGCCCAACAACAUGGCCGCCCUCGAGAAACCCCUCAGUCACCCCAUGCAGGAAACUAUGCCCCACGCUGGCAGCUCUGACCAGCCCCACCCCUCCAUACAACAAGGUUUGCACGUACCACACCCCAGCAGCCAGGCAGGGCCUCCAUUACAUCACAGUGGGGCUCCUCCUCCUUCCCAGCCUCCCCGGCAGCCACCACAGGCCGCUCCCGGCAACCAUCCACACAGCGACCUGACCUUUAACCCCUCCUCAGCCUUAGAGGGUCAGGCCGGAGCACAGGGAGCAUCCGACAUGCCGGAACCUUCACUGGAUCUACUGCCGGAACUCACAAACCCCGAUGAGCUCCUCUCCUACCUGGACCCCCCAGACCUUCCAAGCAAUAGCAACGACGACCUCCUGUCUCUCUUUGAGAACAACUGAAGGCCACCUUCCACUAGGGCCACCCCCGUCUACUCUGCCUCCUACCCCCAUCUGUCCCACGUACUUUUCCUCCCAGGAGCCCGCGUCCAGGCCUCCCACACCAGGACCUCAGGCUUAGGGGCUGAGCAGAGCACACUAGGCAGGGAAGGCCGUGUGGGUCUGCAGUCCCGUUUGCCUGUAGCUCUAGGGCCUGUGGUGCCCAGAGCAAGCCUGAAGACGGCCCCUGGAAGAUGAACCCCAGCUGAGGGGAUCCAGGCCCAGCAAGAGACAUGCCAAUGGCGACUUUAGGUCCCUCCUCCCUGUGUGCUGACUCCAGAAGAGCGACCUUCCAGCGCCCCAGAGUUCUUCCAUGUUUUUAAACCAUACCCCUCCUGCCUCCUGGCCCAGGGCCGCCUCCAAGUGACUGGAACCUGAGAGAAGCCUGCGCUCCCUCCCCCAGGCCAGGGAAGUGGACAGGCCUUGGAGGGGUGGUGACAGUUUGCAGCAGUGAGGAAGGCCACCCCCUCUCUCCCCAUACACACACACACACACACACACACACACACACACACACACACACACACACCACAGAAAAGCACAAACCUCUGGGAAGGAGAACAUCCCUUAGGGCUGAGGGUCGUGGCUUUGGUCUCUGACUUCUAAGCCAAGAUGCCCUAGGAACACUCUGCAGAAAAACGGCAAAGUGCUGUGUCUGAGAAGGGUUGCCACUCCUGUUUGGGGACUGGUGGGAAAUGGGUCAGGGCCUUCCUGUGGAGCCAGGACAAUGCAUAGGAGUGCUCCUCAACUAAGAUCAGGGCCAAACUUUGCAGGGAGCGGAGAGAGCACAUGCACAUAAGUGUGUACCCCACCAAAACGUGUCCUCCCCUGGGGGGUUGGGAAGAUGCUACCCAUACCCAGAGCCCAAUGAGAGCAGCCAAAGCCCCCAAGCCACUCCCUGCUUUUAAAUGACCACAGUGGAAAGCUCUGGAGUCACCCGGGGAAUGGAACAAUGCAUCUGGACAGCGAGCAAACCCAUUUCCCUGCGUAUGUUCUCUUUACCUUCCCUCCUGCCCGUACAUACCCUCCCUCUCCAAGACUAUUCCAUGGGACCCACUUCCCUCUGGGUUCUAAUUCUCCUUUCCCCAGCCAGCUGUAAGGACACAUGGUAGGCACAGGCACUUGGGCAGAAACUGGCCUUCACAGCAAGAGUCCAGGGCAUCCAUGUCCUCUCCAAGCCUCUCAGCCUGGCCCAGCAGCAGCUUCUCCACUCAAGGCUGCCUCUGUCUCAGCCCAGGCCGUUGCUGUGUACGCCAGGGUGUCUUGGCAGGCAGCUCGUGGCAUUGGUGUAGCUGCCUGCCAUUCCCGGUAUCCUUCCCCCCACCCAGAGCUCUCUCCACACUCCUGCUCACCCAGCAAGUGCAGCCUCUGACCCUCCGCUGUUUCACUCCAUCCGGCUUAGGGACAGCCCCCCCAUUCCCCGACCCCGUUGGCUUGUCAUACUUUCAUCUGCUUUGUUCCAGGCGGCUCUGUGUCCCCUGAGCCUUGCGGCCUGUGGCGAUGCCAGGGUUGUCUGACCACGAGUCCCAUCUGUAAAUUCUUGGCUCCCUUCUCUAAUGCUACCACCCGGGCCCUCUCCUGCCUCCUGUCCACUGUCAGCGUCCUCGUUGGUCAUCGGUCGUUGGACUCUCCCUCUGUGCUUCCCUGGCACUCUUAACAUAGAUUGUACCAGAACGAUGACCCUAACCGUUGACUUAUUGGUCACCCUAAAAAGAAAAAAAGGCACAAGGAAAGCUGCCAUCACCCCACCCCCCUCUCCUUCCUUUGUCCUGUUGUUGAGGUUUUUUCAGACAGUGUGUUCAGUACGCAAAUCAAUUAUUUUAAGAAUCGCUUUUGUAAAUAUCUCUGUGAAUAUUUUAGUAUCGUCUUUGAUAAUAUCCAACAUUUUCAUGACCUGGUAAUAGCCUUUGCUGGUGUUUUUAAAACUAUCUCGACUCAAAUGACAGAAACCAAGUUCUUUUUAAAAAAAAAAAAAACAAAUAACAAAAACAAAACAAAACAAAAAAACCAACCAGGGCUAUUUGUACAGAUGAGGGAGGCACAGAAGAGGUGGCCGUGCUCAAGUUGAGAGACCAGGCAGCCCACUGUUGAGAGCCACUCUCAGCCAGCCAGGUAGGGACAACACCACACCAGGCAUCACGUGAGUUCAGGCCCCUGCCCAGUGCCUGUGUCCUGGCGCACGGCCGCACUCUGUGAGGGCCUUGUUUAGCUUUAGACUGACAGAUGCCUUUCUCAGAAGUUCCUGCUUCUCACCGGCCGCAAUACUGUGCCCCGGAACAGCAUGGGGUCCCUGCUGGUUCUCCUCAAGGUGUGCCCAGGUUCCCCACAGCUUCCCAGUGCAGAUGGCCUAGACACUCCCCGUGUCGCACCCCCUCCUGGCGUCCCUCCGUUGGCACACCUGAGGCUGAUUCCCUAGGCUUCCUCCCAGGCAAGCGCCCACCAGCAAGUUCACCACAGAGCCUGAAGCCCACACUCUGGGGACAUGGCCCCUUCCAGAGAAAUGUUGGGGCUCGCCCAGGGUGUGUGUGAAAGAGAGGGGUACAAAAGAUGUCUUGGGGCUGGAGCCAUGCCUUGAUAGUGACAGGUGCAGGUAGAGGUGACAUCCCUAAGCAGAGGCAGGCAUAGGCUCUGGGAAGAUCCCCCCCCACACCUCUUUCCUUUCUGACAACAACUUGGAGCCAUAGUCACCUCAGAGAUGAGGCCACUUCACCACAACGAGCAAACCCACCCGCAGGCGUGAACCGGCCACCGCUCCGCAAAAUGAGCUGGGAGUCCAUGGGCGGCGGAUGGGAAGGGCCCCCCUCCCGCUCACAGGCGAUCACACACGCACACACACACACACCCAUCUUCUUGGUUUGAAGCUUUAUUCGUGUCUCAUGUCCCCUGUAGCCAUUUUAUUUUUUAAAAUGAUUCCUAAUACUUUCUCCCUAACGGAAGCCCUAAACACCCCACCCCCACUCCCCCCCAACCCCCCAGAGAGCUACAGGUCUGCUCCCGGUGGGCCCUCGGGCUUUGACCCAUCCAGACUGAGGCAGUAUGAGCAGCAGCGCGACUCAAGGGACGUGUGUACAUAUGUAAAUGAGAAAUAGACAUGUCAACAAGAUGCAUUCAUUUCCUCUCGGAAUGUGUAUUUGUUUUUUUGUUUUUUUUUUUUAUUUCACGAAGCAAAACAAAAGGCUUGGAAUUCCUUCAUCUUAACGUGGAAUACUAGAUGGCGUUUGUUAGCGUUUGUGACUCCACUUCUGUCUCAUGUAAUAUACUCUUGCCCCCCCUCUCCCCGCCGGUGUGGAAAGGCAUUUUUGUUCUGUUUUGUUUUUUUUUUUUUAAUUUUUGCCUAGUCCUAGCCCUGCCACCUGUGUAUUUUUAGGGUGCUACGGAAACAAUGAAGAGAAACGGGGAUUUCGGAAGAAAAUUGUAACCAAAUUCAUCCUUUGUAUAAGUUUUUUGAUAUCAUGAUCGCAGGUGAUUCCACACGUACACAACACCCACACCCACAUGUGCAGCCUGAAGUGACGUCCAUGGGAAACCGCCAUUGUCUUUGUACAUCGUAUGUACGCUGCAAUCAUUUCAUACUUUCGACUGGUCAGAAAACUAAUUGUGAUUUCUAGUCUUGCAAAGCUGUAUGUAGUUAGAUGAUGUGACCUCUAAUAUUUAUCUAAUAAAUAUGUAUUCAGAUGAAACCUGUA